AUCCACUACAAAUCCACCAGAGUCGUCACGGCUGUGAGUAACCGGCUGGAGUUAUUCUGACGUGGGCUGCUGUCUGGAACAGCUGCCGAGCCGACGAGCCAGCUUCCCGGCGAGCCAGACACGGUUUACACGGCCUGAAAAUCUGCCUUUUCCCGUCGGCUACCAUGAGGUGGUGACCCCGGGUCGGCCAGGCCGUGAAAUGAUUGCAGCUUGGCACAGAGAAAAGACGGAGCAGAGAGAUUGAGAAAGAAGAAUGGGCAGGAGCGUUUGCAGCUUCUGGCAAGGCAUCUUCUCUACUGCAGUGCUCUACGGAUCUCUGGCCCUGUUUACCUCCAUCCUCCACAAUGUGUUCCUGCUUUACUACGUGGAGACUUUUGUGUCCAUCUACAAGAUCGAUAAAAUCUCCUUCUGGGUGGGAGAGACGGUGUUUCUCAUCUGGAACAGUCUGAAUGAUCCUCUCUUCGGCUGGCUGAGUGACCGCUCCUUCCUCAGCUCUCCUCAGCAAGGCUCCCAGAUCACAUCUCCAGAGGUGGUGCUGAAGCGCCUGAAGGCCCUCUCCACAAAUGGCCCUCUCUUCGCUCUGUCCUUCCUGGCCUUCUGGGUUGCGUGGGCCAGACCGGGCCUCCAGUUCCUGCUCUGCCUGUGUCUGUACGACGGCUUCCUCACCAUGGUGGACCUCCACCACAGCGCCCUGCUGGCCGACCUCGCCGUGUCCGCCACCGACCGCACGCGCCUCAACUUCCACUGCUCGGUGUUCAGCGCUCUGGGCUCCCUCUCCGUCUUUCUGUCCUACUCGUUCUGGGACAAGGAGGAUUUCUACUCUUUCCGUCUCUUCUGUGUGACCCUGGCGGCUUUUUCUAUCUUGGGCUUUUUGUUGGUGUCUCGGUUGCUGCAGCGGCGCUUUAAGAAGGAAAUCCGUCCAAAACAAGACGAGGCGUCGGCGCUUAAAGAGCUGAGUGUUGGCCAUGCUCCACUGACCAAUCCGGAAAAACCUGUCACGAUUGGACAGUAUCUGAAGCAGCUGUCCAAACAAAAGAACUUCCUGUGGUUUGUGUCCAUGAACCUUAUUCAGGUGUUUCACUGCCAUUUCAACAGCAACUUCUUCCCUCUGUUCCUGGAACAUCUCUUGUCUGACAACAUCUCGGCCUCUACAGGUUCAAUCUUACUCGGCAUCUCUUACAUUGCCCCCCACCUGAACAACUUGUAUUUCCUGACACUGUGCCAGCGUUACGGGGUUUACCAGGUUAUCCGCUGGCUAUUUAUGCUCAAACUGGGACUUAGUGUGGCUAUGCUGCUAGCAGGGGCUGACCACAUUUAUCUGCUGUGCAUCUUCAUUGCUAGUAACCGGGUGUUCACAGAGGGAACCUGCAAGCUGCUCAAGCUGGUGAUAUCUGAUCUGGUGGACGAGGACUUUGUGGUAAACCGACGUCAGCAGGCCGCCUCCGCUCUGCUCUUCGGGAUGGUUGCCUUGGUGACCAAACCUGGCCAGACUUUCGCCCCGCUCAUCGGCACCUGGCUGCUUUGUGUUUACACAGGUUACGACAUCUUUGAGAGGGAGCCCGUGAAGGAGUCCGUUUCGAUGUCCGACGCCGCCUCUAGCUCAGGGACUCCGCCUCUUCGCCUGGGCUGCUUCUACAUGUUGGUGUUCGUGCCGAUCACCUGCGCUCUGCUCCAGCUGGCCGCCUGGUCUCGCUUCACCCUCCACGGCCGAAAGCUGCAGGGGAUCAAGAUGCUGAGGCAGGGCGCCCAGCACGGCCACCUCAUCGAUGUCAAGGCCAUAUGAACCGAGGAGGGCUUCUCAAAUAAUCACUCUCACGAGCCCUUCGAUGCGGUCUGAGAGGAGGACGAAAAGCUGCUCCGUCUUUUCCCGCAGCCUCCGGUGCAAGAAUACGAACGAUUACACAACACGUGGCUUUGCGUUCAGUGAAAAAUGCACAGUGGGCCGAGAAAUCCCACCGCUAGGAACACGAAACUACGAUUUAGAGAAGUGAAAUCUGCCUUAUUUUUUGUAUUAAAAUGUGAAACUAUAUUUAUAUUUGAACCAAUGACCAAAAGAUAAAGUAAAAACCAAUCAGUCCUUUCGGAUGUUGACGGACCAAGGUGAGAAGUUUUAUGUAGCGGGCCAAAGAUGGGAUGUCCUCUUUAUAACUGUUCUAAACUAGUGUUGCUGCUCAGUCAUAUUUCAGUAGCAUCAGCCUGAGAGGGCAGGUUUACAAUAGUUAAGCUUUCUUUUAUCAACAAGAUGAAGAAACUGAAGGAAAACUACAUUGUGUUCAGAGUGCUAUAGAUACUACAGAGCUGAUUAUUUUACUGUCAGAACGCCCUGCCAGUUCGACAUUGACAACUGUAUUUUGUAAUAUGUUCAGUAUUUCUGAUGUUUGUUUUGCACAAAACUGCCAUUUGUCUGUUGUUCUUCUAACAUUCUGAUUGUGACUUACUCUGUGUGCCGUCGAGACGAGGAUGGUAACCACACUGUCGCUUCACUUUUGUAUUUUUCCAGAUCACUACAAAGAAUGUGAGACUUCUGUUGUAUGUUGAGAGUUUAACCAAACUCUGCUGUGCCAUAACGUGGUUACCGGAGACUUUUCUUCACAACAAGAUUUAAAAAAUUAAACAUGGCUUUAUUCUAA